AUGACGGCCAAGGGAUCUCGCAAGAGAGUGAAGACCAGCCCCUCCGGCGUGGACUCACCAGCUGGACUGAGCGGUGAUGGCCGAGACCGUUCAGACUCCCAGCCACGGGGGUACAAUGCCAGCUGGUACCCCGGAUCAUGGUCUUCCAUUGCAAGAGUGUCUAAAGCAGCCCCAGUUACCGAGGUUGCCCGUGAGAGCAUUUCAGCCGCCAAAACUGUAGCAUCGAGCGUCACGAACCCAACUUCUCUUCUUGAUAGCUCAACAAAGAAUCGGCAUCCUUCUAUUCAACUUACGCGAAAAUCGGGCACCUCGACCAGGUCUUUGCCCGCUGACGCUACCACCACCCGAGUCAACAUUGCAUCGGAUGGUUCGACUUCCACGACGGGCGCCGACAGCAUCGAAGACUCUAGGGACGUAGAAUUUGCAAAGUCCGAUAAAGAAGCAUCCAGCGAGAGUGAUACCAAGCCACCGGAGGAACAAGCUAAGGAACAGGAGGCCGCUCCUAACGCCGAUCCCAACAUAUCGCAUGCGGGGCCUGCGGAGGCCCCCGAACAAUCUAGUGGUUGGCUUUCAUGGAUCUAUGGGCCCUCGGCUACUUCUGAAGCUGCUGCGAAUCCGCCGGAAUCUACACAAGUUGAGGAACACCCGCUGACCGAAAACCAAACGGCAGAGCAGGGUCCUCAACAUACUGUGGAAGACUACACAGCGCGGGAAGAAGAACAAGAACCGGAAUCAGAGCAGACAAAAGAUUCGGUCGAGGCCACCACAUCUCAGAAGCGAUCGUGGCUUCAGAUGUGGUAUGGUACAAACACACCCAGCAAGCAAGAAGACGCACCACCUACAGAAUCCACGAUCCCCCCUUCCGUGAAUUCUAACGAGGGUCCCGGCACAAAAAUGGCACCGCAAGAUCCCCCAGAUCAGCCAACAGAACCAACUAGUGGGUCAAAAACCCCAGUCGGAACCACGAAAUCAUCUGGCUGGUCGUUUUGGUCCAAAGAUCCAAACAAACUUGGGACCUCCGAUGAACCACAGGAAGGUGAAGCUAUCGAGGCAUCAGUGGGACCAACCCAGCCAUCAAAAGAUACAGCACUUGAAUCAAAUGCGGAUUCCAAUGUCAAGAUAACCCAGAAAGGCAGUAUCAAAGUUAAGCCCCUAAAAGACAAUCGUUUGAAAAAUGGUACUGGGCCCAUCAUUGAAGGGUCUGCUACAUCUACGCCGCCUCUUGAACCUCGACCAGCCGAUACUGCGGCCUCAAAACAAUUACAACAAAUUCUCCCCAACCAAGUACUACCAAAGUUUGAAGAAACCUAUCCGUUUGAGCAAUCACCCUCUAUAUUGCAGAGCCUCGGUCGACUCUUGCAUUAUGGGAAAGGACCAGAGACUAGGCACGUCAGCAGGGUUAGAGAUCCGUUGCAGGUGAGACGCGCUUUGGCUAUUGGUGUUCAUGGAUAUUUCCCUGCCCCAUUCAUUCGAAAUCUUCUCGGACAGCCCACAGGGACAUCCAUCCGGUUCUCCAAUAUGGCAGCAGAUGCCAUCCGGAAGUACACGGAGGGCCAUGGCUACUCGUGCGAUAUUGAGAAGAUCGCAUUGGAAGGAGAAGGCCGCAUCACGGAGCGGGUGGAUCUUUUGUGGAAGCUACUUCUGAAUUGGAUGGAGGAGAUCCGCAAGGCUGAUUUCGUCAUGUUCGCAUGUCACAGUCAAGGUGUGCCAGUAACGAUUAUGCUAGUUGCAAAGUUGAUACAGUUUGGCUGCCUUGACGCCAAGCGAGUCGGCAUCUGCGCUAUGGCAGGUGUGAACCUUGGCCCCUUCCCGGAUUAUCGUUCUCGAUGGAUCAGUGGGUCGGCUGGAGAGCUAUUCGAGUUUGCGCUACCUUUCAGCAAGGUCUCAAAAGAGUAUGAAGCUGCUCUUAAAUGUGCUCUCAAUUUUGGUGUCCGCAUCUCUUACAUUGGAAGUAUCGACGAUCAACUCGUUUCACUGGAGUCCUCCCUCUUCUCACCCAUAGCCCACCCUUACGUCUACCGCGCCGUCUUCGUGGAUGGGCGAGUCCACGCCCCAAGCUUCCUUUCUCAUCUAGUUGGCUUCGCCCUCAAGCUUCGCAACCUUGGUAUCUCAGACCAUGGUCUAAUCCGCGAACUAAGCACCCCAUUAGCAGGAAGUCUAUACUCAGGAGAGGGACAUUCUCGGCUGUAUGAUGAUGAAGCCGUGUACUCCAUGGCCAUACAGUUUGCACUUGAAACUUCUUCCGUCCCAGACUCCGCGCUUAGUAUCAAGCGAGCCAGCAGCUCCGUCACACCGAAUCCGUAUAUUCUCCCAUUCGCCAUGCGUGGUCUCCUGGAAGAGGAAUAUGUACGCCAGGAGCUGCAUAACGAGACUAUGGAAUUGCUCAGACAAUUCGACGACUGGAAACCUUCUAGCAAGGUUCUGAAAGAUGUAAAGUUUCGACUAGAAGGUAUCCGGUCCAAGCUCUAG